AUGACACAGCAGCGCUACACAUACACGAUUGAACCUUUAGAAGGACGAGAGUUUAUUCAACGAAACUUCGCAACACUUCCACAAAGGGCAUAUAAGUACAGCAAUCGUGCAGUUACUUUAAAUGAGCGUUUCUCAAUUAUCGAAAGAGGAUAUCUUCUUGUUCCAGAUAUAAGCAGUGUCAAUAGAAAAUAUCAAGAAAGAGUAUGCUUGGUACCGCGAAAAAACAAUCAUUAA